AUGGAGAAGGCCAGCUUCCACAAGCUUGUCGAGCUACUCCGCCCUUCGCUGGCAGUCAACGCCUUCUUCGGCGCACUGCGAUCGCCAAUCAACGGCGCCAUAGCUGUAGAAGUCCGCGUUGCCGUGGCGUUGAGGAUCCUGGCUGGCGCUAGUUACUGGGAUGUUGCCCUCAUGUUUGGCUUGUCGGUGCCGACCACGUACCAAAUCUUGUGGUCGAUGAUCGACGCCAUCAACAAGACGCCUGCGGUUGGAGCAUUCGACUNGGGUUAUUAUUGGCGGCAUUCUCUUGACCAGCCGCGGGAUGUCGUUUUUUUUUUUGUUACGUCUGGCGUUUCCAGCCGUUUUAGUGUAUGGAGGCCUAUACACAGCCUUCGACGUUAACGCAGGAAAAACAUGUAGUCCCCGGCGGAUACAAGUUCGGAUUGUCAUCGUGGUCAGCAUGCCUUCAAUCGAACCCCCGGGUCCCGGGUGGUUCGCCAGCUGUUGGGCUUUGUACAAAUGGCCUUUUUACAAAUGAAUGUUUUUUUUUGUGUCAUCAUUAGUGUAUGCUGGCCGCGUUGGUUCCGCCCCGCAACAGUGGCCCGGCAACUGCUUUUAGUCAACCACGUGGCUCUGAGAUACCCUGCUACAUUUUUACCGCUGAACCUGGCGCAAUAUUAGCAUUAGCAAACACGGUAUGUGCACCGUUGCUGGUGAUGGCGCCGUCGCACACGACAUCAACCCACACAACGUACAGCCGAACGCAAUUUACCGAAGUUCGUCAACGUCCAUCUCUCGACUAAUUUUUUUCCCCUUCCCGGCACUGCUACUUUCCCGCUCUCGUGUCUGCCGUCUACAAAUGCAGGAGAAGAGCACCGAUGGCAUUUUCUCCUGGGUCGUCGCCGCCGUGGAUGGUCUGUUCAUC